AUGAAACUUGAUAUCCUAUUGGUCUUCGUUUCCUUCAUGGGAAUUGUUAAGGGUACCACAAAUGAAGAGUGGGUAGGAGACUUGGAAAAGGUCACCAAAUGGCUCACACAAAUUCCCUCUUCCCCCCAAGGCAACUCACGAGUUGUGUGGUAUCGGUUCUACGAAUACAGUUUGAAGUUGAGUAACGCAGCAAAUCGCCAAAGGAUUGCAGCAAGACCAGCCCCUCCUAGUGGCAAGGGCGCUGAGAUGCAUGGCAGUGCAUGCUCAGCUAUUUCUGACUACUUCCCUAAACUUGCUGCAACGGGAAUUGAAGCUAUGGACUAUCUCCUUGACCCAAAAGUUGCAUGUGCGAAAGAGACAAAAGAUUUGAUUGAAAGACCAUUUUCUAAAUGGCACGAAAAUAUCCGACGUCCGAACAACGACUGGGAUGAAUACGACACAGCGUUCGUGGCCAACUGCCAGGACGAAGACCCGUCAAGAAUCUUUUUCCAACAGACCUACAUUCCCCUAAAGAGAAAGGUUCAACAGUUCACGGACGCUUAUCAAGACCUCAACAAAUACUGUACCACGAAAGAUUGA